AUGUCUCUGCUCAGAUUUGGAAGCAUACUGCUGCUGCUGCUGUUUGGACAAACACUUGCGGCACCUCGUUCAUUCAGCGUGGAUUACCAGAACGACUGCUUUCGGAGAGAUGGGCAAGAGUUUCGUUACAUAUCAGGAAGCAUCCAUUACAGCCGGAUCCCCAGAGUCUACUGGAAGGAUCGACUGCUCAAGAUGUACAUGGCAGGCCUGAAUGCCAUCCAGACGUACAUUCCAUGGAACUACCACGAGGAGUCUCCAGGCCGGUACAAUUUUGGUGGAGAUAGAGAUGUGGAAUAUUUCCUUAAGCUGGCCCAAGAUCUUGGUUUAGUGGUGAUCCUUCGGCCUGGACCCUACAUAUGUGGAGAGUGGGACAUGGGUGGGCUGCCUGCCUGGCUUCUCAACAAAAAAGACAUUGUGCUGCGGUCCUCAGAUUCAGAUUACAUCGCAGCAGUAGAUAAGUGGAUGGGGAAGUUACUGCCGAUGAUGAAGCCUUACCUCUACCAGAACGGUGGUCCUAUCAUCACUGUGCAGGUGGAGAAUGAAUAUGGCAGUUAUUUCGCCUGUGACUACAACUACAUGCGCCACCUGAGCAAACUGUUCCGGUCUCACCUGGGCGAGGAGGUGGUGCUCUUCACCACAGAUGGAGCUGGGCUCAACUACCUCAAGUGUGGCUCAAUACAAGGUCUCUACGCCACUGUGGACUUUGGGCCAGGUGGAAAUGUAACCGCUGCCUUUGCUGCACAGAGACACGCUGAACCUCAUGGACCUUUGGUGAACUCUGAAUUUUACACUGGCUGGCUGGACCACUGGGGGUCACCUCACUCUGUCGUGUCGUCCGCCAUAGUGGCCAAGUCCCUCAAUGAGAUGCUGGCCGUGGGAGCAAACGUUAACCUGUACAUGUUCAUAGGAGGAACAAACUUUGGAUACUGGAAUGGUGCCAACACGCCAUACAGCCCACAGCCCACGAGCUACGACUACGAUGCCCCGCUCACGGAAGCAGGAGACCUCACAGAGAAGUACUUUGCUAUUCGAGAGGUGAUCCAAAUGUACCAUAAGAUACCAGAGGGACCAAUACCACCCACAACUCCAAAGUAUGCAUAUGGGACUGUUGGGAUGAAAAAGCUCCAGACGAUAUCAGAUGCCUUAGAAACACUGUCUUUCUCUGGUCCCGUUAAAAGCAUGUAUCCUCAGACUUUCAUUGAACUGAACCAGGCCUUUGGUUAUGUGCUGUACAGGACUACACUGCCUGUUAACUGCAGCACACCAACUCCUCUGUCAUCUCCACUGAACGGGGUCCAUGACAGAGCCUAUGUGUCAGUGGACGGGGUGGCUGUGGGGAUUCUUGAAAGGAACAAAGCCAUAACUGUCAAAGUGACUGGGAAAGCUGGCAGUCAGGUGGACAUACUGGUGGAGAAUAUGGGCAGAAUCAACUAUGGAAAAUACAUCAACGACCUUAAGGGCCUAGUGUCCAACCUGACUCUGGGGAAAGAUAUGCUCACCGGCUGGACCAUGUACAGCCUCAGAAUCGAUGAGGCGGUCAGUCAGGGCCUUCUCGGUGAAACGAAACCAACAGACCCACCUCAGCCUGCUGCUCUCUCCCUUCCAGCCUUCUACGAGGGAAGCUUCAUCAUUCCUGGCGGCAUCCCAGCCCUCCCCCAGGACACCUACAUCCAACUGCCCAAAUGGAGGAAGGGGCAAGUUUGGAUUAAUGGCUUCAACAUUGGACGUUACUGGCCGACCCGAGGCCCGCAGGUGACGCUUUUUGUCCCUGCCAAUAUCCUCAGCACAGCUGCACCCAACAAUGUGACUGUUCUGGAGCUGGAAGAGGCUCCCUGCAGCUCAGGGCCUUGUAGUGUAGAGUUUACUGCCACCCCCAUCCUGAAUGCAACAGUCCAGUCAAACUACAAACAGCACCGGCAUAGGCAGGCUAUGAGACAGUGGGAAGUAAAAGCCAAUGACUAAAUAUACCUGUACCUCAACAGGAUUUACAGCGCACAUACACACGAUUAAUGCCAACAGCACAUUAAAGACAUUCACCUGCAUCUUAAAACAAAAGGCACAAUACCUAGAAAUAAAUUCACCUGUUUCUCAACAACACAUGAUUUACAGCGUAGGUACACUUAAGCCAACAGAACAUUAACAAAAUAUAUUUUUUUAAAUCAAUCAAUGUAGGUUAUUUGGUAUGAAUAUUUGACAGAGCAUUCUUCAACAGGCAGCACUCUCAGCAUCUCAAAUAUCCCACCCUGCCUUGCAAUGAAAUCUACUGUGUGGCCAUGCAGUUGUAGAUGUGGAUGUGUCUUUUUAUAAAAAGUGAAGAAAUGUGUUUUUAGUCACAUAUUGUAUGUAACCAUCACAUCAACUGUGGGCAUUUCUACCUCAUUGAUUCUGCAUAACAUUUUAUCUUCACAAAGGGAAUACUGCUAAUUAAAGCAAAACAUCA